GGGUGAAGAUCUGAUGAACAUGAAAGUUGAGGAUGAAGAAGAAGAGACGUAUGUGAGGGAUGAUCAGCAAUAUAUAGAGGAGGAUGGAAUGACGAGGACAUUCAUAGAGGAGGACACUCCUUCAGAGAUCAGCACAGGACACGCCAUGGAGAAACCCUCAAAGGAUCGUCUCACUUUAUCUCCAGGUUGUAAAAUGGAAGAUGAGGACAUCACAGGAGAUUGUGGAGGAGAAAAGACAAUGAGCUUCACUAUGGAUGGAGGACUUCACAGUGUGGAUAGACCAUGGAAUCCCUCUGACUCUGAGGAACCUCGUACUGUGAGGGAUGGGGCCGGAGUUCAGAGAAAGAAGAAAGUUUCCUGUCCUGAAUGUGGGGAAAGUUUUAACUCUAAACAAAGUCUUUCUGUACAUCAGAGAUCUCACAUGGGGGAGGAGCUUCAUUCCUGUUCUGAGUGCUGGAAAUGUUUUCCUCAUGAAUCAGAACUGGUCGCACAUUACAAGCUUCAUGCGGAGGAGAAUCGAUAUUCCUGUUCUGAGUGUGGAGACGUUUUUUCACAGAAGGUCCAUCUUUCCAGACAUCAGAGAUUGCAUACAGGCAAGAGGUUGUAUUCCUGUUCUGAGUGCGGAAAAUGUUUUUCACAGAAAUCCAGCCUUUCCAAACACCAGAGAUUGCACACGGGGGAGAAGCCGUAUGCCUGUGGUGAGUGCGGGAAAUCUUACCCACAGAAAUCAGACCUUCUUAUACAUCAAAGAUCCCACACGGGGGAGAAGCCUUACUCCUGUCCCGAGUGCAGUAAAAGUUUUUCACAGAAAUCCACUCUUUCCAAGCAUGUGAUAUUACACACGGGUGAGAGGUUGUAUUCCUGUUACGAGUGCGGGAAAUGUUUUACGCAGAAGGCCCAUCUUUUCAGACAUCGGAGAUCUCACACAGGUGAGAAGCCUUUUCCCUGCCCUGAGUGUGGUAAAUGUUUUACGCAGAAGGCCCAUCUUUCUAGGCAUCAGAGGUCGCACACGGGAGAAAAGCCGUAUUCCUGCUCCGAGUGCGGAAAAUCUUUUUCAGAGAAGUCCUGUCUUUACAGACAUCAGAGAUCGCACAGUGAAAUGAGCAUGGCGCCUGACCCGAGUGCGGAAAAUGUUAUGCAUUGAAAUCGGACCUUGUGGCAGCUGAAGGAUCUCACGCCGGGGAGAAGCCGUAUUACAAACUCAUUCGUUUUCCUGGAAAUCCCAUCUUACCGCAGACGAGUAAAGAGGCCAUUUUCUUGCUUUGAGUGCUGUUUCCUAUAGAAGUCUUGGCCUUCCAAGCCUCAGAGAACCCAAACAACCCUAGAGGAGGUGUAGCUAACGUCUUCUGUCGGAUCCAUAUUUUGCUGUACAUCAGAGAAGUUGAGAAGUGUUAGGAUCGUGUCUCAGGCAACAGAUCGGGGUCUAGGAGAAACGGCUCCCUCUGAUCUCAUUGGCUGCCACUCAGGUUCUUCCUCAGGUUGGCUCCACCUUUCUCACCUUCUAUGCCCUUAUUGGCCAAUGCCCCUUGCUCUCUACUUAAACAUCAGAAGCCCAAGGCUCUGAUCACGUGAUAAGUCUCCUAACCACACUGGCACUGCCCUCUAAUUUCCCGACCCUUUAGUGAUGGAUCUAUGUAGCCUUUCUUUAUCAUGUCACAAAAUCAGAAUUGACUAGUUAUAUGGAUUUUAUCUUUUU